AUGGCGUCGAAAGGUCCAAGGUCUAAGCUUGAUCACGAGACUAGAGCUCGGCGUCAAAAGGCACUGGAAGCUCCGAGAGAGCCGCGGCGGCCUAAAACUCACUGGGAUCAUGUUUUAGAGGAAAUGAUUUGGUUGUCGAAGGAGGAGGAGCAGCGGUUGCGAAAAGUUGCUCUUAAUAUUUCAAAGGAUGUUAAGAAGUUCUGGGUUAAAAUUGAAAAGCUGGUACUUUACAAGCAUCAGAUGGAGCUUGAUGAGAAGAAGAAAAAGGCACUUGAUAAGCAACUUGAGUUUCUUCUAGGACAAACUGAGAGGUACUCUACAAUGUUAGCAGAAAAUCUAGUGGACAAACCAUCAGAGCACCAUUCUGCACCAGAUAAAUUGAGUAUCGCAUACAAGGAAGGAGAUGAUGCUAAUGCACCUGCGCAAGUCAACGAUGAGCCUCAGUUGGAUACUGCAGACGAUGACCAAGAGUAUGAUGUGCAAUCAGAAGAUGAAGUGGCUGGCCUAUACUAUCUGUUAUUUUAUCUGCUCAUUAAUGCCUGGGGUGUUGUUUAUGGGAUUCUACUACUAGGAACCUGCUGGAAUGGAAUAAACUUAUCUGUUGUUUAUAUAUCAUGGUUGAAUGGUUUCUUCUGCGAAGCCUUAGGUUGUGAGCUAAAGAGUUUGUGGGUUGUCAUGGUGAUUCCCUUGUUUGUCCAACAUUUUCAAUUGGAAGACGAUGAGCAUACUAUUGAGGAAGAUGAAGCUCUUAUUACUGAAGAAGAAAGGCAAGAAGAAUUGGAAGGUCUGCAAAAUGAAAUAGAUAUUCCACUUGAGGAGCUACUCAGCCAUUAUACUGUAGAGAGAGGUAGCAGAGAGAGUAGUGAAAAUGGAGCCAAGCCAUCUGCAAAUGGGGAAGAUCAUUGUGAGAGGAAAGGAAAAGAUAUUUCUGCUGCUAGUGAGAUGGAGAUAAGCAGCUCACCUGUUAAUACUGGUCGUCGUUGUGGUGAAAAUAAUGGUGCCUUGCCCAUUCCAGACAAUGAUUUAUCGGAAAUCGGGACAGAUGAAAUCAGAAAUCAGUUAAGUAUUUCUGAGGAUCCAGCCAAAGAACACGUGCCUUAUGAUUUCAAUGAUGAACAGGAAGAUGGUGAUUUUGAUCUUGCUGCUGAAGAGGAAAAGGUUACUAGGUUACUAUACCUUCUGGAGAGCUGUACCUACGUCCUUGCAUAUUGCUUUGCAAUCACAGUAUUUCGUUAUGAAGUUGACAUAACUGCAUACUAUUAUUUUCAGAAUUUCUUAAUGAUUGCUAGGGAUGACGAGACAACCUUGUUGGAGGAGGAAGAGCUGGCAAAAGCAGACUCAAACAAUCCCAUAGAUGAGGUAAAGGACAAUGUGGAUGAGGCGAACAAUGAAGUUUCAGAGGAUGAAUCUGAAUAUGCAUCUGUAUUAUCAGACAAUAUGUCAAAUCCCCCAGGCCAUGAAGAUGAACUGAAGCAGUUGGAUAACUCAAUGGAUGGAAUUGUUGAACAGGGGGAGCAUCCCCUUGUAGAAGAACAAGAAAAGGGAAAUGAAAAAAUUUCAGAAGAGGGAGGGGAGAGUGAGAAUAGGAUUGCUGAUGCUGCUGCUGCUGCUAGAUCUGCACAGCCAACAGGCAAUACAUUCUCAACAACCAAAGUGCGUACAAAGUUUCCUUUUCUUCUUAAGUAUCCUCUUCGUGAAUAUCAACAUAUAGGCCUCGAUUGGCUUGUUACAAUGUAUGAAAAAAGAUUAAAUGGGAUUCUAGCUGAUGAAAUGGGGCUUGGAAAGACGAUCAUGACUAUUGCUUUGCUUGGACACCUGGCAUGUGAAAAAGGAAUAUGGGGUCCUCAUCUGAUUGUGGUUCCCACAAGUGUCAUGCUUAACUGGGAAACAGAGUUUCUUAAAUGGUGUCCUGCCUUCAAGAUUUUAACAUAUUUUGGCAGUGCGAAAGAGCGAAAAUGCAAGAGGCAAGGUUGGCUGAAACCAAACUCCUUCCAUGUGUGCAUAACAACAUACAGACUGGUUAUACAGGAUUCAAAAGUCUUCAAGAGGAAGAAAUGGAAGUAUUUGAUAUUGGAUGAAGCUCAUCUGAUAAAAAAUUGGAAGUCUCAGAGAUGGCAAACGCUUUUAAACUUUAAUUCAAAAAGACGUAUCUUAUUAACUGGUACACCUCUGCAGAAUGAUCUCAUGGAACUCUGGUCACUGAUGCAUUUCUUGAUGCCCCACAUCUUUCAAUCUCACCAGGAAUUCAAGGACUGGUUCAGUAAUCCAAUAACUGGGAUGGUAGAAGGACAAGAAAGAGUGAACAAAGAAGUUGUUGAUCGUUUGCAUAAUGUUCUCCGUCCGUUCAUCCUCCGUCGACUGAAAAGGGAUGUGGAGAAGCAGCUCCCCAUGAAACAUGAGCAUGUCAUCUAUUGUAGACUUUCAAGGAGGCAGCGUAACUUGUAUGAGGAUUUCAUUGCUAGUGCAGAGACACAAGCUACACUUGCCACUGCCAACUUUUUUGGGAUGAUCAGCAUCAUAAUGCAACUUCGUAAAGUUUGUAACCAUCCCGACUUAUUUGAGGGUCGUCCAAUUAUUAGUUCUUUUGAUAUGGCUGGUAGAGACAUCCAAUUGAGCAGUUCUGUUUGUUCAAUGCUUUCACCUGGCCCAUUUUCAUCGGUAGAUCUCUGUGCUUUGGGGCUUAUAUUUACUCAUCUUGACUUUAGCAUGCCUUCUUGGGAGUACGAUGAAGUAAAGGCUAUUGCUACUCCUUCAAGAUUAAUCAAAGACCGUGCCAACCUGGAUGACAUAGAAGAAGUUGGACCUGGAUCUAAACAUUGGAAGAAGUUGCCUGGAACAAAUAUUUUUGAAGAGAUUAGAAAGUCAUUAUUGGAGGAGAGAUUAAGAGAAGUGAAGCAACGGGCAGCAUCUAUUGCAUGGUGGAAUUCCUUGAGGUGUCAGAAAAAACCCAUAUACUCAACAACCCUGCGAGAACUUCUCACAGUGAAGCAUCCCAUCCAUGAUGUCCAUCGCCAAAAAGUUGAGCAACGCUCCUACUUAUACUCCUCUAAGCUUGGCAAUGUUGUUCUUUCACCAAUUGAAUGGUUCCAGAAGAUGAUUGAUCUUGUCGAAUCAUUUAUGUUUGCAAUUCCAGCAGCACGUACCCCAGUACCUGUCUUCUGGUGCAGUCAGACUAGAACCCCUGUGUUUCUGCAUUCAACUUACGAGGAGAAAUGCUCUGAAAUGUUGUUGCCUCUUCUUUCACCUAUCAGACCUGCAAUUGUCCGGAGACAACUAUAUUUCCCAGACAGGCGUCUAAUUCAGUUUGACUGUGGCAAAUUGCAGGAGCUUGCAAUUUUGCUCAGGAGGUUGAAGUCAGAAGGCCAUCGGGUAUUAAUAUUCACACAGAUGACUAAGAUGCUUGAUAUUUUGGAGGCUUUCAUAAACUUGUAUGGUUACACUUACAUGCGCUUAGAUGGAUCCACUCAACCAGAGGACAGGCAAACAUUAAUGCAGCGUUUCAACACGAAUCCCAAAAUUUUUAUCUUCAUUUUAUCAACCCGUAGUGGGGGUGUUGGCAUCAAUCUUGUUGGGGCAGAUACUGUGAUCUUCUAUGAUAGUGACUGGAAUCCUGCUAUGGAUCAACAAGCCCAAGAUCGCUGCCAUCGAAUAGGACAGACACGCGAAGUACAUAUCUACAGGUUAAUCAGUGAGAGCACCAUUGAAGAAAACAUCUUAAAGAAAGCCAAUCAGAAGCGUGCUCUUGAUGAUCUAGUUAUACAGAGUGGGGGAUACAACACAGAAUUUUUCAAGAAGCUCGAUCCUAUGGAAUUAUUCUCUGGGCAUAAAACACUUCAGAUUAAGAAUAUGCAGAGGGAGAAAAACCAUAGCAAUGGAAAUGAGGUUUCUUUGUCUAAUGCAGAUGUGGAGGCUGCUCUGAAAUAUGCAGAAGAUGAAGCAGAUUACAUGGCAUUGAAGAAAGUCGAACAGGAAGAGGCUGUAGACAACCAAGAGUUUACUGAAGAGGCUAUUGGGAGAUUGGAAGAUGAUGAACUCGUGAAUGAUGAUGAUAUGAAGGCUGAUGAACCUAUAGACCAUGAGGUGGCAACUUGUAGUAAAGAUGGCACGGUGAAUUUAAAUGAGAAUGAUUGCAUUGAAGAGAGAGCUGUCACUUUUACUGGCAAUGAAGAUGAUGUCGACAUGUUGGCUGAUGUCAAACAGAUGGCGGCAGCAGCAGCAGCUGCUGGACAAGCUAUCUCAUCCUUUGAGAAUAAGCUACGUCCAAUUGAUAGGUACGCGGUGCGUUUUCUGGAAUUGUGGGAUCCAAUUAUAGACAAAGCAGCCUUGGAAUCUCAAGUUAGGUUUGAGGAGGCAGAAUGGGAGCUGGAUCGUAUUGAGAAGUACAAGGAGGAAAUGGAAGCUGAGAUUGAUGAUGAUGAGGAACCACUGGUGUAUGAAAGAUGGGAUGCUGAUUUUGCUACUGAGGCAUACCGACAAGAAGUUGAGGCGUUAACUCAACAUCAGUUGAUGGAAGAACAGGAAGCUGAAGCUGAAGCUGAAGCUAAUGAGAAGGAGGGUGCAGAUGAUGGACAUUUAGAUGCUAUGGUGUAUAAAACACCACGUAAUCCUAAAUCAAAGUCUAAGAAGAAACCGAAGAAAGCCAAGUUCAAAUCUCUGAAGAAAGAAUCUUUGACUUCUGAACUGAAACACCUGAAAGAGGAGGCAUCAACAGAAACUUUGUCUGUAGAUGAUGAUGAUGAAAUAUAUCUUGAUGAUGGUACAUAUUCAGAUACUAUGUCUCCUUAUUCAAGUGUGCAGAGGAAACGUAAGAAAGCAGAAUCAGCAAUUGGUACUGAGAAAAAGAGGUCAAGGAAGAAGACUAAGAAAUUCAAAAGGGCUCCUGAAACGUGCCCUUUUAAUGUAGAUUCAGACCUCUCUAGAAAGCAGCAUGACAGAUCUAUGGAAUUAAAACAAUAUGAGGUUGUGGUUUCUGAUCUUGAGCAGAAACCUGUUAGCAGGAGCAAAAUGGGAGGGAAAAUCUCCAUCAGUACCAUGCCAGUGAAACGGGUUUUGAUGAUAAAGCCAGAGAAGUUGAAGAAGGGGAAUGUUUGGUCGAAAGACUGUGUUCCACCACCUGAUCUAUGGUUGCCACAGGAGGAUGCAAUAUUAUGUGCUGUUGUACAUGAAUAUGGCCCGCAGUGGAGCUUGGUUAGUGAAACUCUGUAUGGGAUGACUGCUGGUGGGUUUUAUCGGGGAAGAUACCGCCAUCCAGUUCAUUGUUGUGAAAGAUUUAGGGAACUAAUCCAUAGAUAUGUUUUAUCUUCUCCAGAAUAUCCUAUUAGUAAUGAAAAGAUGAGCAAUAUGGUCUCCGGGAAGGCCCUUCUCAAAGUAACUGAGGAUAACAUACGGAUGUUGUUAAAUGUUGCUGCUGAGAAGCCAGAUAACGAGUUACUUCUCCAGAAGCACUUCACAGCGCUGCUUGCUUCUGUGUGGAGGGUGAAAUCUCGUGUUGACCAUCAACAAAACUUGUCAUCAUCUCGAAAUGCUCUUUAUAAUGGUGGAAGGGUUUUCAAUUCUUCUGUCAAUCAGUUACCUUGGAAUUCCUCGAAGGAACCUGCAAAAAGAAUGAAAUUCACUAAUUUGGGACAGAGUACCAAGUUGCUGGCGGCUGCACUUCAUGAUGCCAGCAGUAGAAGGCCGGAUGAUAGAGUUUCCUAUUCCAACUUGAGCGAAGAAGCUCCUGCUAUUGAUGAGCAACUGGAAGUAACAUUGGAAUUCCAAAAGGAGGAAAACGAUUCCUUGACUCCAUUCCCACCUGUAAUAAGUUUGUCAAUACCUGGCUCAGCACCAUGGACGUCGGUAAAUAAGGAUAGAGCUGCGGCUCACCAUCUCAGGCCAUCCACAAGUAUAGCUGAAAAUAGAUUCAGGGAUGCAGCAAGUGCUUGUGUUGAAGGCGGCCUGGGUUGUGUUUCAUCUGCCUUACCAGCAAAUGAUUUCAAGUUGCGGCUGGGUUCAAAGAUUCAGUCCUUGGGAAAGCACAAGCUCUGUGUCUCUGAGUCAACCAGGCCUCCUAGGUCAAAGAUGAAGAAAACUUCGAUAGAGCACAGUGAAGGACCCACUGAGCCAGUAUUCCAACCACUGUCUGUACUGUCAUGUAGGGAUCCCAAUUUAAGGUUUGACCUACCACCGGUAGUUAUUCAGGAUGAUAAGGAUGAAUAUUCUAUUUCAUGCAUGGAAAAAGAGCUUUCAGUGGAAACAGGGACCUAUGAAGCUAUCCCAUAUAACUAUGAUCCUGGUUUGAUAUCGGGUCUUGAUGAUUAUUCGUUGUUGCCAGAAUAUACAGACAUUGGAUAG